AUGGCGUGUCGAACCCCGAUAGGCCAGCUCUGCAAAAGAGCAUCACAGCCCUCAACCUUGAACUUCACAAGUAAACCUACAGCUGCGCUAUGGCGGCGAGGGAGCAUAUGCCAGUCGCGGUCCUUUGCGACACCAGUACCGCCAGUAACCCAGAAUGCGACAUCUUCAAAAGGACCCACGGCAAUGGUCUUUAUGAACAUGGGCGGCCCAUCUACGACUGAUGAAGUUGGGGAUUUCUUGAGUAGACUAUUUUCAGAUGCAGAUUUAAUACCACUGGGACGCCUUCAAGGCUACCUUGGACCCCUCUUAUCCAAACGCCGAACACCCAAGAUCACCCAGCAAUACGCUGCCAUUGGCGGGGGUUCGCCCAUCCGCAAAUGGUCAGAGUAUCAAGCGACAGAGAUGUGCAAAAUCCUUGACGAAAUAUCCCCAGAAACUGCACCUCAUAAACCCUACGUCGCUUUCAGAUAUGCCAACCCUUUGACGGAAGAAAUGUAUAACAAGUUGCUGGAGGAUGGCUUCGGCCGUGGGAAGGGAGGCAGGGCCGUUGCGUUUACACAGUACCCUCAAUACAGCUGCUCCACCACAGGCAGCAGUUUGAAUGACCUAUGGAAAUGGAGGCAAAGAUUAGAGGGGAAGAGUGUUGAUACAAAGAGUGAUAACGAUGGCACGAUAAAUUGGAGUGUGAUCGACCGAUGGCCGGUCCAUCCAGGCCUUGUGGAGGCGAUUGCCCAGAACAUCGAGGCCAAGCUGCUUGAGUACCCAGAAGACGUACGAAAUGAGGUUGUCUUGCUAUUCUCAGCGCACAGCUUACCGAUGUCCGUGGUUAACAGAGGUGAUCCAUAUCCUGCAGAAGUUGCUGCAACGGUUCAAGCCGUUAUGCAGAGAUUGGGACAUUCCCAUGCCUACCGGCUCGUGUGGCAAUCGCAAGUUGGGCCGAGUGCUUGGCUUGGAGCGCAAACGAGCGAUACAGUUACGAAUUACAUCAAAAAAGGGCAACAUAAUAUGAUACUCAUCCCGGUAGCCUUCACGUCCGACCAUAUCGAGACAUUGUACGAGCUGGAUGAGGAGGUCAUUGGCGAGUCGGGACACAAGGACACCAUUAAGAGAACAGAGAGUUUGAAUGGUCAUCCUGUUUUUAUCAGAGCGCUGGCGGAUAUUGCGAAGGCGCAUCUGGAUAGCGGAAUGGCUUGCAGCAAGCAAAUGGGGUUGAGAUGCCCGGGAUGCAAGAGUGAGAGAUGUGCAGAGAGCAAAAAGUUCUUCGCUGGGCAGCAACUGGCUAUCUAG